ACCUCCUUCCAGAUGUUUUGCUAAAUAAAUAAACAGAGUCUCUUUUACGGGGAACCAAAGGCAAAGGCCGUGCAGAGCUACAUUAUUAUACACAGUUUUAGGGGACCCUUAGCAUUAGCCAUAGCCAUGGCGUCGCUUAAGAAUUCACAGAGCGACAGAAACAGAGUAUAAAGAACACCAACACACCUCGCGAAUCAACACAUUUCUUUCCAAAAAUCUGCGAAAUAUGAGCUCCGAUUAUCCCCAAAAAUCGCUCCAAAUCAAGCAGAACGACAAAUUCUUCUCCAAGCUUCUAAGCAGAGAAAGCUCCAGAGCCAAUUCCUCUUCCAGAUCGGUCUACUAUGGCGGAUUCGCCGGCGCCGUCCCCUUCGAUUGGGAAUCUCAGCCAGGUACGCCCAAACACCGAUUCUCCGACCACCUUACGCCCCCUCUCACUCCUCCUCCCUCUUUCUUCUCCGAUUCCGCUAAAAAACCGCCCAAAAACCGCUCCAAAUCCCUCAAUCUCUUCCACAUCUUCUUCAAUCCCAAGCGGAAAUUCGAUCUGUUGGCGCCGCCGUUUU